UCUUACAUAGAUUAUCAUUGAGAACAAUCUCAACAUACAAACAAUUAGAUUCAAAUGCACAUGGGUUGAAACCAAAUGUUCUGAACCCAUUACACUCUAAUAGAUAGGACAUUCAAUUCAUUUUCUAUGAAAGUUCUAACAAAAACUAAUCACAAUUGUGUUGUUAGAGAAUAUUGGCAUUGAUUUCUGUAAGUUUUUAAAGCAUGGCACUAUGUAUUGGAGGGUCAUGCAUCAGAAAUUGAUUUCUGGUUCCUUCGUAGUGCUAUUAACAAUUUAGUCCUCAAGUUUGAGAUUUCAUAUCAAAAAUCAUUAUGAUCCUAAGUGUCUCACAUGACUUAAGUAUAAUCUUAACCAUGUAAGUCGGUUUUCAAGGGUGAGUUUUACCCAAAUUUUAUAUCAUUUGGUAUCAAAGUUAGCUACCACGUUGAAUAUGGGAUCAAACGCAAUUCAUUGAAUAUGGGAUCGAAUGACUUGCAGCUUUGUGCACAAGUCACAUAGGGAGCAACCUAUAGGCUGGAUUAAAAUGUCUUGGUACUAUGUAUAAGCAUAAUAUUAAGUAAUUUAAUAUUGAUAGAUGAGUGAAACCGCCAAAAGAAAACUGGUUAUCAUUGGGUCAAUGUAGACGUCGGUUGCAGAGCGUGGUUAUAUGUUAUGAUCCCAAGUAUCUCACAUAACUUAAGUACAAUACUAACAAUGUGUAUGUAAACUUUCUGACACCCUCCCCUUGUAAGCUGAUUUUCAAAUGUAAGUUACCCAAAGUUUCUAUCAAAAACACUUUUCACAUUUUUAAAUAAAAUAACGAUUGGGGAAUAUAAGAAGUAAUAAAGUAGGGGAUGAUUUUAGUGAAUGCUUAUCACAUCUAAAUUAGUAGGACAACAAAGUUGCAAAUGUGGCCACUAGAUUUUACAACACUAGUGGCAUAGCCACUUUCUAAGUUAACCAAUCAAUUUCCUUUGAUAUUCUAUUGUUUUGCAUAUAAAUCACCACUAUGCCCCAAGUACAUGUAAUAGGAAUCAGAAAUUCACAGCAACUUGUCCAUGCUCACAAGCUAUGGGUCAAAAACUCUUCCCCUGUUUCACCUUAUGUUUAAUUGUGUCUUUGUCUCCAACCAUUUAUAGGUAUCCCCUUGUUUAUAGCCAACUUGAUUACAAUUUCUAUGCCAAUUCUUGCCCUGGCUUGCCCUGGAUUGUCAGCAAAGGGGUUCAGUCAGCUGUCAAUAAUGACUACAGGAUGGCUGCAUCCCUACUUCGGCUGCACUUUCACGAUUGUAUUGUCAAUGGCUGUGAUGCGUCAGUUCUUCUUGAUGCCACAAUAGAUUUCACAGGUGAAAAGAAUGCUCCUGCCAAUCGCAAUUCACUUAGAGGUUUUGAAGUCAUCGACAAUAUAAAGGCUGAAGUUGAAAGAUAUUGUCCAUUAACUGUUUCUUGUGCUGAUAUAUUGACUCUUGCAGCAAAAGAAGCUGUUUCUAUGGCUGGAGGGGUUUACAGUUCCUGGCCUGGUCCAAUUGGCCGACGAGAUGGAACAACACCAAGAGAGAAGGGAGCUGGUUGGGGUUACAAUAGGGGUUACAAUUUCUGGCUUGUUCCAUUAGGCCGGCGAGAUGGAACAACAGCAAGCGAGGAGGCAGUUAAUGAACAAAUACCAUCACCUUUUGAGCCUCUACAGAAUAUCACUGCCAAGUUCACAUCAAAGGGUCUUGACUUGAAGGAUGUUGUAGUCCUCUCAGGAGGACACACCAUAGGUUAUGCCCAAUGCUUCGCCUUCAAGAGGAGACUCUUUGACUUC